UGUAGUCUGAAGACAAUCACAAUGUUGUUCAGCUUGGAAUGGCCUUAAGAAAAGGAUUAGAAAAAUAAGUUUUCGUCUUAAAACCGGUACAUUCUUAGCUGCACUUUGAAUAACGGACAAUUAGUCUCUCAAUGUAAGUUAGUUUGUCAUGGUUCUUUGAGUGACGUUGUGCAAGGGGCUUCGUAAACCAUUCGAAUCGCCCAUUGAAUGGGUUGUGGUUACGUAUUCAUCCAAUCCGAUUCUAGGAUACUGUGCAGCUCAUAAGCAAAGCGGAAAGCGCAAAACUUACUGAACCACUUAUGACAGAGUUUGUCGCUGAAAUUAUCGCGCGGGAGACUGUGAUCGUGCGCGGAUAGUAGUAUAUAUUACAGGCCGAGCAGAAACAAAGGGUGGCCCUGUUGCUGUUCAAGUUAUUUCCAUCUUCUGUAGGAUUUGUACAGCAGCAAGUCUUUUGCUACUAGCCAAACAAUGGGGGAUGACAGUGAAUGGAUGAAACUGCCCAUAGAUCAGAAAUGUGAGCAUAAGGUGUGGAAAGCACGGUUAAAUGGUUAUGAAGAAGCCUUGAAGUUAUUCCAGAAGAUUGAAGAUGAGAAGAGCCCUGAAUGGCCCAAGUACCUGGGGCUGAUAAAGAAGUUUGUCACGGAUGCAAAUGCGGUUGCUCAAUUAAAAGGCCUGGAAGCUGCAUUAGCAUAUGUAGAAAAUGCACACGUGGCUGGCAAGACUGCUGGAGAGGUGGUAUCGGGAGUUGUAAAUAAAGUGUUUAAUCAGCCGAAAGCCCGUGCAAAAGAACUGGGAGCUGAUAUAUGCCUGAUGUAUAUAGAAAUAGAGAAAGGAGAACCUGUCCAGGAAGAGCUCUUGAAAGGGCUUGACAAUAAAAAUCCAAAGAUUGUUGUAGCUUGUAUAGAGACCCUACGGAAGGCCCUCAGUGAGUUUGGUUCCAAAAUAGUGUCUCUGAAGCCAAUCGUUAAAGUUUUGCCAAAGUUGUUUGAGUCACGAGAUAAGCCUAUUCGUGAUGAGGCCAAACUGCUUGCUGUGGAAAUUUUUCGGUGGAUUCGAGAUGCCUUGAAACCUCCAUUACAGAAUAUCAAUCCAGUUCAGUUCAAGGAGCUGGAAGAAGAGUGGGUCAAACUACCAACAAGUGCUGCUAAACAGACUCGCUUUCUGCGAUCACAGCAAGACUUGAAGGCAAAGUUUGAGGAGCAGCAGGCUACAGGAGGUGACGGAGGUGAAGAUGAAAGUGAAAAUGCAGGUGCUGUACAGGUUGAUGCCUAUGACUUGUUGGAGGCUGUGGAGAUUUUGUCCAAGCUUCCUAAAGAUUUCUACGAGAAAAUUGAGGCCAAAAAGUGGCAGGAACGAAAGGAAGCUUUGGAAGCUGUAGAAACUCUUGUGAAAAACCCUAAACUUGAAGCUGGCGACUAUGCAGACUUGGUUAAAGCACUUAAAAAGGUAAUUUUUUUUACGACACUGCAGAACAUAAGUGAAGAUGUGCUAGCUGUCAUGGAUAGUAAGAAUCCAACAAUUAAGCAACAAGCAUCACUGUUUUUGGCAAGAAGUUUCUGCCGUUGCACCCCAUCAACUUUGCCAAAAAGCCUUCUGAAGCUUAUUUGUGCUGCAUUGCUUAAGCAAAUUAAUGACUCUGCACCUGAAGUUAGAGAUGCUGCAUAUGAAGCAAUUGGCACUGCCAUGAAAGUCGUCGGGGAGAAGGCUAUGAACCCAUUUCUGGCUGACCUGGAUAAGAUUAAGUUAGAUAAGAUUAAAGAAUGCUCUGAAAAGGUAGAGCUGGCGCAUGGAAAGAAGGGAGCAUCAGCUGAGAAGAAAGAAGUUAAAACAGAUGCUGCGAAGUCUGGCUCUGCUGUUGCAUUGGAGAAAGAUAAAGAAGCCGCCAAACCUGCUCCUCCCAAAAAGGCACCUGUUACCAAGACUGCAGGGCCUCCAAAGAAAAGUAAAGCACCUUCUGGAGGUACUGGAGGAGCUGCAGGCAAAGGAAAGAAAGGUGCAGAAACUAAGGAACUGGUUGAAACUGAGUUGUCUAAUAAUACUAUGAAUACUGAUACUGGGAAUGAGACAUCAUUAGGAUUUAAAAGGUUAAGCAAUUUCACACCGAUACAUCACCCACUUGUUGAGGCUUAUCUAAAAUUAACUGAAGAUGAACUACACAAAUAUUUUAGUGGUAAGUUACAUGUAAAAAACAAGGAUAAUCUCAGUAGAAAGGAAAGAGAAAGUCUACGGAAUUUACAGUUGAAUGAGGCAGUUACAAUUAGACCGGCUGACAAGGGGGGACAAGUUGUAGUUAUGGAUACUACGUGUUAUCAAACAGCUAUGUUGAGAUUGUUGAGUGAUAAGUUUUACUUAAGAAUUGAUGCAGGUGUAGUGAGAAACAUCACUUCAGAAGUAGGGAAUAUCCUGCUUGAUAUGUUUAAUGGCAGAGUCAUUGAUAAAGAACUGUUUGAGUACCUUAAAAUUCCAAAUCCUUUAGUUCCUAUGAUACAAGGUUUUCCAAAGAUACACAAAAGUAUCAAUGACCCGCCCAUGAGACCAGUAGUAUCAGGGCAGGGUUGGGUCACUGAACACAUCUCUAUAUAUAUCGAAAAACAUCUACGUCCUGUAUUGAACAUUAAUUCUACUAUACUUAGAGACUCAAAGCAGUUUUUGCUUGAGUUAUAUGAUUGUAUGAAUAGUGGAGUGAACAAUGAUGAGUUGGUAUUGGUUACGUUUGACAUCCAAUCGUUAUUCACCGUGUUACCUAAUGAUUUGGGCAUUAUAUAUGUCAGAGAAUAUCUGUUGGAGCAUAGCACAUUUACACCAGGUCAGAUAGACUUAUUGACACAUUUAUUAAAUAUCGUAUUGGAUAACAAUAUUUUUAUGUUCAAUGAGUUACUAUAUAAACAACAAGCUGGGGUUGCCAUGGGUACGCCAUGUGCAAACAGCUAUGCAAAUAUGUUUCUAGCUCAUUGGGAGAACAAAGUACUAUUUAGAACUAAUGAAUACAUACAAUCUGUAGUAUUUUACAAACGUUUUGUAGAUGUGUUUAUGUUAUGGAGAGGUGGUGUUAGUUCGUUAAAGGAAUUUCCUGGGAUGAUUAAUAACUUAACUAAUUAUAUGGUAUUCACAAUGUGUCAUUCUAUUCAUAGAAUAGAUUUUUUAGAUUUAUUUAUUGAAAAAUUGGAUAACGGCCUAUUGAAUACUGGAGUAUAUCGUAAACCAUGUCACCACAAUACUAUGCUAUCAAGGUAUAGCAUGCAUCCAAAUUAUAUAUUCAACAACAUUAUUAGAGGACAGGGGAUGCGUGUCUCUAGACUUAAUGCCACCAAUGCAGGUUUUGAAACAGGCAUCCAAGAUCUGAAAGAGAGAUUGACGGAUAGGGGCUAUAGUGGUAAAGAGAUUGAUAAGCAGCUUAGUGAUAUACAGGAACUUAGGCUAAGUAGAGCAGCACCAUAUUAUGGACCUAGACCUGAGAGAGAUGAGGAUCGACGAAUUAUGAGAAAUGUAGUUAAGAUUUCUUUACCAUAUACUAAUGAUCAUAAGGGUCUUAAGGAUAUAUUUAACAAACAUUGGUCUAUAUUAUGUACAGAUAAUGGGAUUAAACAGGUGGCAGUAGAAGUAAUGGAAAAAAAUGAAAUACCUUGCCAGGCUCUUAUAAGGAUGUUGACAAAGAAGCCAGGAUGGAAAGAAACCAACUUUCAGGUUAUGCAAAAUAAGCUGAAGAUUGUAGCCUUAAUUGCACAGAAGGGUAAUUUUUCCAAAACAUCUGGCAACCUUGUUCUUGAUGGCCUAGUGGAUAAGAUCGGAGAUGUAAAGUGUGGGAGCAAUGCUAAAGAAGCCUUAACUGCAAUAGCAGAAGCAUGCUCGCUACCAUGGGUUGCAGAACAGGUAGUGGCACUGGCCUUUGGGCAGAAGAAUCCGAAGAAUCAGUCUGAGACUUUGACGUGGUUGGCCAUUGCGAUUAAAGAGUUUGGAUUUACUGGGUUAAAUGUGAAGGCUUUUAUUAGUCAUGUGAAGACUGCCUUGGCAGCAUCUAAUCCAGCUGUGCGUACUUCUGCUAUUACCCUGUUAGGCAUGAUGUAUCUCUACAUGGGUGCCCCUUUGAGAAUGUUUUUUGAAGAAGAGAAACCUGCAUUGUUGUCACAAAUUGAUUCAGAAUUUGAAAAGUUGCAGGGUCAGUCUCCACCUGCACCAACAAGAGGGGUUUCCAAGCAUGGUGAUGACGCUAAUGAAAAUGAAGAACAGGAUGAAGAUGUAGGAGGUAGUGCUGACAUAAUGGAUCUCCUUCCACGGGUAGACAUUAGUGACAAGAUAACAUCAGAGUUGGUAUCCAAAAUUGGAGACAAGAACUGGAAGAUCCGUAAAGAAGGUUUGGAUGAGUUGACUGGCAUUAUUAAUGAGGCCAAGUUCAUAUUGCCAAAUAUUGGAGAGCUUCCCCCAGCACUCAAGGGACGUCUUGGAGACUCUAAUAAGAUUUUGGUGCAGCAAACACUAUCAAUUUUGCAACAAAUUGCCACAGCUAUGGGUCCUAAUCUGCGGCAGCAUGUAAAGAAUUUGGGUAUCCCUAUCGUCACUGUACUGGGAGACAGUAAGAAUACUGUACGUGCUGCUGCGUUAGCUACUUUACAUGCUUGGGUUGAACAGACUGGCAUGAAGGAAUGGCUGGAAGGAGAGGAUCUGUCAGAGGAGCUAAAGAAGGAGAAUCCCUUCCUUCGGCAAGAGCCUGCAUCCAAGGAUCAGGUAAUGGCCAUGCUAGAGAAAGCCAGAGCAAACAUGCCGGCCAAGCCUGCUGCUCCAGCAAAGAUCUCAUCCAAACCUGCUGCUUCUGCUCCCAAGUCAUCCUCUGCCCCAGUAUCUCAACCACAGGCUGCUCCAUCAACCAUUGAGGAAAGUCUUUCCAGUGCCCCUGAGCCCAAACCUGAUGCAAAAAAGGCCAAAUCUGGGGGACAGGCUGCCAAAUCAAAGAGCGUUUCACUUUCUUCAGAUGGGGAUAACAGUUUGACAAAGGCAAAUACCAGUUUAACCAAAUCUAAGCCUGUGAAACAGGCUACAGCAGGGAAGAAGGUGCCAAGCAAGCCAAAUGUCAAAGAGGAGGAGGAUCACUCCGGUCCCAUUUUUAUGGUGAUCCCAAAUGGAAAAGAUCAGCGAGUUAAGGAUGAGAAGGCAUUGAAGGUUUUGAAGUGGAACUUCACCACACCCAGAGAUGAGUACAUUGAGCAGUUAAAGACUCAGAUGUCUACAUGUGUGGCUAAAUGGCUUCAGGAUGAGCUGUUCCAUGCUGACUUUCAACACCAUAUCAAGGCUCUGGCUGUUCUUACGGAGCACCUUGACACUGAAAAAGAGGGCUGUUUGAGUUGCUUGGACCUCAUUCUGAAAUGGCUUUCCUUGCGUUUUUUUGAUACAAACACCAGUGUACUUGUAAAAGUAUUGGAAUAUCUUAAAGUGCUGUUCUCUGUGAUGAAACAAGAUGAUGUUCACUUGACGGAAAAUGAAGCAUCUUCCUUCAUUCCUUAUCUCAUCCUCAAGGUGGGUGAACCCAAAGAUGUCAUUCGAAAGGAUGUGCGUGCUAUUCUGAGCAUGUUGUGUAAAGUGUACCCAGCUAGCAGGAUGUUUACUUUUUUGAUGGAAGGCACUAAAUCUAAGAACGCUAAACAGCGUGCAGAAUGUUUAGAAGAGUUGGGUUGCUUGAUUGAAAGUUUUGGCAUGAAUGUAUGCCAGCCAUCUCCUGCCAAAGCCUUGAAAGAGAUCGCCGUUCACAUUGGAGAUCGUGACACAGUUGUGCGUAAUGCUGCCCUUAACACUGUUGUUACAGCAUACAAUGUAUGUGGAGACCAGGUCUUCAAGCUAAUUGGAAAUCUUUCUGAAAAAGACAUGAGCAUGUUGGAAGAGAGGAUCAAACGUUCUGCCAAAAAAACAGCAGCACCUGUAGUGAAACAAGUGGAUGACAAGGUUCAAAGGGCACCUGGAGUAAACCCAAAUGCUAGUAUUUUGCGCAAAGGUCCUGUGGAGGAUCUUACUUCUAAAGUUAACCAAGCCCGCUCCCAGAAUAUGCCAUCAGAACCAGCCUCUCAUACAGUACCUCGAGAAUUUCAGUUGGAUUUGGACGAAAUAGAGCAUGACAACAGCACAGUUAGUGAUAUACCUGAUCUUGUACAGCACAAACUAGAUGAGAUAUUUGAUCCAGUUGUGAUCCCAGAACCCAAAAUUCAUGCGGUUUCUCCUCACUUUGAUGAUCUCCACUCCAAUACCGCUUCAACCAUAAAUUUUGUCAUCUCACAGGUGGCAAGUGGUGAUAUGAAUUGUAGCAUUCAGGCACUGGCACAGAUAGAUGAGGUUCUUAGACAGGAGGAUAAAGCAGAAGUAAUGUCUGGGCAUAUAGAUCAACUGCUUAUUGCAACAAUUAUGCAGCUGCGCUUGAUCUACAACACGCAUAUGGCAGAUGAGAGACUGGAUAAGGAGGAAAUUAUCAAGCUGUACAGCUGUAUUAUUGGAAACCUAAUAUCUCUAUUUCAGUUGGAAAGUCUAGCACGAGAGGCAUCAAUGGGUGUGCUGAAAGAUUUGAUGCACGGUUUAAUAACACUGAUGCUGGAUUCAAGGGUGGAGAAACUAGAGGAAGGGCAGCAAGUUGUUCGUUCAGUUAACCUCCUGGUAGUCAAAGUGUUAGAGAGAUCGGACCAGACCAACAUUCUGAGUGCUCUCCUCGUGUUGCUUCAAGAUAGUCUUCUCGCUACGGCAAGCUCUCCCAAAUUUUCUGAACUUGUGAUGAAGUGUCUUUGGCGAAUGGUGAGAGUGUUACCAGAGACCAUCAACAUGAUAAACCUAGACCGAAUCCUGCUAGAUAUUCACAAUUUUAUGAAGGUUUUUCCUCGAGAGAAGUUGAAACAGUGCAAGAGUGAGUUGCCUAUGCGUACACUGAAAACAUUACUGCAUACGCUGUGCAAGCUCAAAGGACCUAAGAUCAUGGAUCACCUGUCAUUGAUAGAAGAUAAAAAUGAAUCUGAUCUGGAGUUGCACCUCCGCAAAGUGAUGAAACAUUCAAUUGCUCAGUCAGAGGGAAAAAUUGACAAGGAUACUGAGAAAGGAGCUAUAAUGGAUGAAAAAGCGUCAAAAGCAAAAGUGAGUGAUAUAUUGGCAGAAAUCUUUAAAAAGAUUGGAUCAAAAGAAAACACAAAGGAGGGUCUUGCAGAACUGUAUGAAUACAGGAAGAAGCAUUCAGACUCUGAUAUUGAACCAUUCCUGAAGAAUUCUUCCCAGUUCUUCCAGAGCUAUGUAGAAAGAGGUCUCCGGCUGAUAGAGAUGGAGAGAGAGGGCAAAGGAAGAAUUCCAACAUCUACAGGAGUUUCAAGCCAUACCACUGGAAUAACAGAUGUAACAAGCACAGCUAGUACAACCACUACAGCUGCCAUAAGUAACUCAAAUGGAGAGCCUGUGGGUCCUUCCGUAUAUUUGGAAAGACUAAAGAUACUACGACAGCGCUGUGGCUUUGACAAUAAUGGCAAGGAAGAAAAAACACCUCUGACAUCAUUACUGUCUAAACCAAGUCACCCCACAGUUGCGUCGUCGACAGACAUGCUACAUGGGAGACUUUCACAGCUGAAGGAAUCUCGAGAACACAGUCAACAUUCAGACUUAGAUUCCAACCAGACUCUUUCUAGCACUAUCAGUACUUCCUCUUCAUCAGCAGCCAAUAUAGAUGACUUGAAAAAGAGACUAGAAAGGAUAAAAAGUGGUCGCAAGUGACACUUGCAGGCCAUUGCCACUGCUGCUCUCUUAAUCUAGAACUGGCUGGACUAGCGACCUGCAUAGUUAUUUGGCCACUUUUUGGCCACAUGUGAAUAAACCUGUUUUAUGUACAAUACAGUGUAGUUUUUGGACUGCAUAUUGUAUCUCACACUGUACAUAUCGUUUAUUUCCUUGACCUAACAUUUUACCCAUCAGAAAUGUGUUAGACUUUCAAUGUACAGUUUAUUCUUAUUAUCUUUCUGGCAUUUUUAUAAGUGUUUACAGAUUUUCUUAACCUGAGUUUGUCAUGGAGUCCUAGAGUAACAAAUUCUGUUCAUUUUUUCUUUUAGUCUUCAUUUUUGAACCUUUUUCCAUGUAAUACUUGAAUUUUUGGUUCUGUAUAGAAUCAUGAGGCAUGGCAUGAAGUACUUUUAAGUGUCAUUUUGUAAAUAAAGAAGUUAAUAACUCA